AUGGCUAUGGUGGCGUGGAGAAACACCGACGGGGUAGGGGACCCUCAGGGGACCCUCUCCUCCCCGGUGUCCCAGGUCGCAUCCCUGACAGGACACAUGAGCCAGGAGAUACCCCCCCCGGCAGCAGCAGCACCACCACCACCCAACCAGUCCACCACCACCACCACCACCACUAACAACAACACCUCCUCUUCCUCCUCCUCUUCCUCGUCCAUGGACAAGCAGCAGAGCCAGCACAUUGAGUGCAUCGUGUGUGGGGACAAGUCCAGUGGGAAGCACUACGGACAGUUCACCUGUGAGGGAUGUAAGAGCUUCUUCAAACGCAGCGUCCGGAGGAACCUGUCCUACACCUGCAGGGCCAACAGGAACUGUCCCGUGGACCAGCACCACCGCAACCAGUGUCAGUACUGCCGCCUCAAGAAAUGCCUGAAAGUGGGCAUGAGGAGGGAAGUGUUCAGCUUCACAGCAUCUGUCCAGAGGGGCAGACUUCCCACCCAGUCUUAUCACGGCCAGUUUGCUCUGACCAACGGAGACCCCCUGCAGUGCCACUCCUACCUCUCGGGCUACAUCUCUCUGCUGCUGCGAGCCGAGCCCUACCCGACCUCCAGGUUCGGCUCCCAGUGCCUGCAGAGCAACAACAUCAUGGGCAUCGAGAACAUCUGCGAGCUGGCAGCCCGGAUGCUCUUCAGCGCCGUGGAGUGGGCUCGUAACAUCCCCUUCUUCCCGGACCUGCAGGUGACGGACCAGGUGGCUCUGCUCCGGCUCACCUGGAGCGAGCUGUUCGUCCUGAACGCCGCACAGUGCUCCAUGCCCGUCCACGUCGCACCUCUGCUGGCCGCCGCGGGCCUCCACGCCUCCCCCAUGUCAGCCGACCGGGUGGUGGCCUUCAUGGACCACAUCCGGGUCUUCCAGGAGCAGGUGGAGAAGCUCAAGGUGCUGCAUGUGGAUUCGGCAGAGUACAGCUGCAUCAAGGCCAUCGUGCUGUUCACCACAGAUGCUUGUGGUCUGUCGGACGUGGCGCAUGUGGACGGUCUGCAGGAGAAAUCCCAGUGUGCUUUAGAGGAGUAUGUGAGGAGCCAGUAUCCCAACCAGCCUAACCGGUUCGGGAAGCUGCUGCUCCGCUUGCCAUCCCUCCGCACCGUCUCUUCCUCUGUCAUAGAGCAGCUUUUCUUCGUCCGUCUUGUGGGGAAAACACCAAUAGAAACUCUGAUAAGGGACAUGCUACUGUCCGGAAGCAGCUUCAACUGGCCGUACAUGCCUAUUCAAUAG